AUGUUUUCGAACAGCUUGAGACUCUCCGGUAGAGUGCUUGCGCAUGGCAGAAGAUUCAACAGUGGUUGUUGUGAAGUGUAUUCCCCUCCUGAUAUGUCAAAACUCGUACAAGGCGGUUGGUUACAUAUGAAUAGAGAUACCAGAGAAGAGAUAAAUGAGUACCUAGAUUGGAGGAUGGAAGAGCCGUGGAAAAAUUUGGAUUUAAAUGAUAAAAGAUGUGCUUACUACAUCGCUUAUGGAGAAUGGGGACCCAGAGCCAAGAAAGGAAGUAAAGAGGACCAGAUUGAAAUGAACGGACCAGAAUUGAUAUUGAAGGCAAUGUUCAGUCUAACACUCUUUUUAGCAUUAGGUUUUGCAUUCCCCAAUUACAAGAAAGACAAAACCCUUCAAGAGAAUUUAGACAAGUUACGCAAGUCCGCAGAAUAG